AUGGGCGCCAUCACUCGAGGUACUCCCUUGGCGGGCCCAGAUGUCAUCAUAAACUCAGUCGACGCCUACCAAAUCCGCCUUGCCGUGACAGGCACCUCCUGCGAUAAAUACCCAGCCAAACAGCAUGCGCGCAACGUCGCCCGCAGACUCGGCACCUCCCACGGCCUCAUUUUUAUCGCCGGAGAACCCACAGCCUUAUUGCGCGACUCCGAUCAAGAGCGCCCGUUCCGACAGCGGCGAUACUUCUACUAUCUGAGUGGUGUAGUGGAGCCGGAAUGCGCCCUGACAUACGAUAUCGGUUCAGACCUCCUGACGCUCUAUGUGCCGGACUUUGACCUUCAUCGGGCCAUAUGGAUGGGUCCGACUCUGGACCGAGAGGAGGCAAUGGAUAACUACGAUGUCGACCGCGUGCUUUAUCAAUCAUCGCUCCAACAAGAGAUAGGAUCAUGGCUAAACAAGCGAGCUCAGAGCAGCUUGUUGUAUACGGUACAUGCUUCGGAGCUUCCGAAGGGCUUACCGGCUGAGCUGCCGCUGGACUCAUCACAGCUCCAGCAAGCCAUGAAUGCAGCUCGAGGAAUCAAGGACGAGUACGAGAUCCGAAUGAUUCGCAAGGCGAACGAAGUAUCUGCGCUGGCGCACCGGAAAGUCCUUGAAGGCAUCCAGAAGAUGACGAAUGAGUCACAGAUUGAGGGACUUUUCCUUGAUACGUGCAUUUCUCAUGGUGCUCGGAAUCAGUCAUACCAGAUCAUUGCAGGAUCGGGACCGAACGCAGCCGUUCUCCACUAUUCUCGGAACAACGAGUCUCUGUCUGGGAAACCUCUUGUGUGCCUUGAUGCCGGUGCUGAGUGGGAGUGCUAUGCUAGUGACGUAACUCGGACAUUUCCCCUCAAAGGCGAAUGGCCCAGCAAAUACGUAGCAGAUAUCUAUAAGCUGGUCGAGCGCAUGCAAGAAGAGUGCAUCAAGGGGAUCCGACGAGGCACACGCUUUCUCAAUCUACAUGACUUAGCCCAUGAUAUCGCGAUUGAUGGCCUGUUGGCUCUCGGCGUCUUGAAGGGUGGCUCACACGCCGAGAUUCGUGAAUCAGGUGCAUCGAAGGUUUUCCUCCCUCAUGGACUGGGCCACCACGUUGGACUCGAGGUCCAUGAUGUUUCUGAGUCAGAGAUCAUGGCCAUGCACCCUGGCCUUGACCAAUCUCAUUAUGGCCCGGUCAUGAAUUAUGGAGUUUGUCGGUCCCCUUGCACAGUUUCUGCCCCAUUGUUGGAAGAGGGCAUGGUGGUAACCAUUGAGCCGGGACUUUACUUCUCGCCCUUGGCUCUUGCCAAUGCCCGUAAGCAACCCUUGGCUAAGUAUAUCGAUUUUGAGGUUGCGAACAAAUACGUUCAUAUCGGUGGUGUGCGUAUUGAAGAUGAUAUCCUCGUCACGGCGAAUGGUUAUGAGAACCUUACUACUGCACCGAAAGGAGAGGAAAUGCUAGCCAUUAUUCGGGGAUCUUCAUAG